AUGGCGUUGUGGCUGUCACGUAAUAAGCCCAACGUGGAUCUGUUCUUACAUGACCUUAUUGAGCAGAUUAUUGAGUUAAUGAAAGAUGGUGUUAUCAUAUUUAUUGGUAAUCGUGAAAUCCAAGUAUCAGUAAAAAUCGGUUUCUUUGUUAGCGAUUUACCUGCGAAAUCGUUGUUUCUCAAAUUCAUUAAUUUCAAUGGUUACUUUGCAUGUGUUCAAUGCCACAGUGAAGGAGAAUGGAUCAAGCGACAAGUGAUUUAUCCGUAUGCGAAAAACGACUAUACACCACGAACACAUCAACAAUAUAUUGCAACAGCAAAACGAGCAGCAGCAAAGUCAUCUGGUGGGCGAUCUUCAGCCGGAAUUGACGGCAUUAAAGGAUUGUCUUCACUGAUCAAAGUAAUCGAAUUUCCACAACAAGUUAUAUUAGAUUUUAUGCAUCAAAUAUGUUUAAACCACGUGCCGAAUUUAAUUCGUCGAUGGAACGGUCAACUAAAUGGCACUUCGAAAACUGACAUUGAUUCAACAUUAGCUGCCAUUCCUCAUAAUGUUCAUGUUGUUUACAUUCAUUCAAUUAGUCAGAUAAACGAUUGGAAGGCAAAACACAGUCGGCUCUUCGUGAACAACAUUGGAUUACCGGUCGUUGUUCCUCAUCUUCCAAAAAUCUACUCUUCGCCCUUCGCCAUCUAUUCUAUGCUCAGCAAAAUGCUGCAUUCAGAAGAGGAAAUUAAAUUGGCUGAACGACUGAUACACUUUUAUUGCCGAACAGCGGCUGAUAUUCAUGAUCCAACAAUUGAAUUAUUCUCAUUACAUUCCCAGCUUCACUUACCAGCACAAGUGAGAGCCCAUGGAGGUGAUUAA